AAGGUACAUUUUGCCAACGAGUUAACACUGGUUAACACAUUUGGUCACGUGUGUAUACGAAUCACGUUUUGGAAGUAUAAAACCCCAAGUAACUUAUUCAAUUAAGAACAUAUAUCGGUAUAAUUAGGCUUAUUUUAUUGCUGUUUAAUGUUGAUUGUACUCUACCCUGCGAGCAGAGGAAUUUUUCCAYCACCCUCCAGAAUGGGAUGGGAAAAAAUCCUCUGCAAGUACGGUAAUUGCACACGUGACUUAAAAAUAAAAUACUGUUGUGGCGUUUAAGUUUCUGUGGUACACGAAUGGGACGUGAUAGAUGGUAAGAUAGAUCUGGCAAAAAGUUAAAAAGUCGUGACUGCUGCACUGCCUUCAGAUGCACCGCUAUGCAUAUACCGACUAAUAAUGCAUGGCGCGUCAAGUUGACAUUCCAACCUUCAUUGACGUCGAGCCGGUGAACUAUUGAUUGGUGCAGUCGUCGACGACAGUUUGCAUGGCGGAACCAACCACAUCAACAUGGAGAAAGUAGCGUACAAUGAAUCUAAAGGCGUUGAUUUKGMUUCCAAUGAAAACCCUUCUUCAGCAAGCACCUCUGUUCUUUUUGAGUCUUCUCCGCCGAGGUGGUUGCGACCUGCCCUGGUUGUAGGAUGCUUGCUCUGCGUGGUGGGUCUCGUUUGUAUCAUUGUUGGAGCAGUCCUUAUGGGUCCRGGCACCAAGCAAUGCCCAUCAUUGAAAAGCGAAUCGCAAAAGAAAGUAAACCCACAAUGUGAGUUUUCGCCAGAGGCCAAGAGAGUYGAUUUGGAAGGGUUUCUCAAAGAGGUACAAUCCAAAUACUAUGAAAUGAAUCCGGAAUAUGUGCCAUGGCAGCCUGGAGUCACAGAUAUACGUGAACAUAUAAAGAAUAGCUAUUUCCCAAUUAAUGCGGAUCCCAUGGMACUUAAAAGAAAAACAGACUCAGCUCUUCAGUUAUUGAAGAAGAUCAAUGACAUGAACAUCGAUAACGACGCCCUUAAACCAAGGGAAGCAAAGGCAGUGGCACAGGUAAAACAUUCUCUGCAGACCAYAUUCUCGGCUUCUUACGGUGAAAACUACUAUGCGGGUGACUGGAUGAUGGGUCCUGAUCUAUUCUGCAUGGUACGGAUUUGUCAUGCACAAUGGCAUAUCAAUGCACUUAGUAGUUUGUUGCUUGUGACGUAUGAAGACGUUGAAAACGCUGUGGACAAGAUUUUAAAACACAAGCAAGCUAUUGACCAGUAUCGGAAAAACGUUGCUCUUGGUGUAACAACGGGAAUGAUCCGUACCAAGAUUGCMUGCAGAGCUGGAGUCGACGCUUUGAAAAAUUACUACAGAAAAAUGUCCACAGAAAACGACGCACGUGCAAUCCUAAAUAACUGGUCUACUAAAAAUUUUCAAAGAAAGUCGUACUUGGCGAAACUAGAGGACGGAGUAGACGAACUCUGGAAAAGUAAACACGGUGGUAAAAACGUUUCAAAGUCCAUAAAAGACGCUUUGGUAAAGGGCUUUGGUCAGCCAAUGCUCAACUUAAUCAAAUAUCUUGAAAAUGAACACAUGACACAUUGCCUUCCCAAUGACGUUGCUAGUGGACUUGGUGGGCUUCCUGUGGAUUACGUCUACACAAACGAUGUUCCGGACCGAAAUAAACCAACAACCAAAAAGCUACCCACAGGGGAGGUGUUAAAUGGUACGAAUACGUACCGUCUUAUACAAUAUACUGGAAUAUCCAACGAAACAGAGGCUGUUAUUGCGUUCAAGAAAGAACUCAAUUCAAGUAGAAUGUGGCAUAAUCAUGGUCCGUUUCCCACCAAUGAAUCAAACGAAAAUGCAUUCAAGAAAUGCAUCAGUCCAGAGACAGCGAAGAAACAUUGCCCUGUYCGCUGGGCAGCCGUCCAGAGGUGGGCAGCGUAUUGUAGAGAGAUUAUGGGCAUGUUAUAUCCAAAGAUCACCAACCUCUUCUACUUCACCGGUUCUAAGGUCACUGCACCAAACUGUCCARUCAAAAUGACUCCUCAUUACAACCCAUCUAAUGGWGCCCAGUUCUUUAGGAGAAGUGAUUCAUCAUGCUCUAAAUCUACUGAGKUUGGACUGCCAUUCUUUCUCAAAGACUAUGGCCCAGUCUUCCAGGAAUGGUCUGUGACAGCGCACGAGGCACGUCCUGGGCACCACACACAAUACCAAGGUCAACUAGAACAUUUCCAGGAUAGCUGUGGUGGGGUUACCAAAUGGCUAGAUGGUCUUGCUUACUACACUGCUUUUAUCGAGGGCUGGGCAUUAUACAGCGAGAAUCCACUACUAUCUCAUGAUACAGAUACAUACAAAGAUAACCUAUUACAAAAGUAUGGUAUGCUUAAAUGGCAGGCCUGGCGAGCUGUCCGUCUGAUUGUUGACACUGGUCUUCAUGCAAGAGCAAUGAAAAGGACAGAAGCACUCAAGAUGUUUGAAGACUAUGCAUGGGAUACAUCAGAUUUUGCUGUCAAAGAAGUCACUCGGUACCAGAGUGAUCCUGGACAAGCCACAGCAUACAUGAUAGGCAGACUGGAGAUUAUUAAAAUGAGAGAGAAGGCUGAGAAGAUACUGGGUUCUARAUUCAAUCUAAAAGACUUUYACUAUCAGSUYUUAAAGCAAGGUUCUGCUCCUCUACYAUUCUUAAAAAGUCAUAUUGAUCGUUAUAUUAAAUGUGUUAAUGGCGAUCUUGGUAAAGAGACAUGCCAGUAUAUACUUGACACUAAUAAAAAAAGCUCUGUGGCAGCRAAGUCAAMAWAUAUUGAAGAUGWGGAAAGAGCCCCAGAACCACCACACUACAGCUACAUUUAGAAAUACGAUAUACAAAAUCAAUUCACGUUUUAUAAAACUUACACUUCUCAAUAAUUACCUAACUGACUUCAACACUAUUAUCAAGGAUUAAUAUAAAUACAAAAUAGUUAUAGAUUUGAAUAAAAAUAGAAACAAAACAGUAAAAGUAGAACUAUUACUCUUGUCAAAUAUCAUGAAACAAUAAUAAAAUUAU